AUGGCUACAGCUUCUGUGCUUACUCCUCACGACAUUCCGACCACAUUGAACUAUUUUGCUGCUCUUGACGACGAUGCGCCAUACCAGUAUGUCUAUGACCCUCCGGAAGGUGUCCCGAAGAACAACGUCGGCGCGGACCCCCACCCUGUUGUCAUUCAUGAUGCACGCGGCCGGGAGUCAGAGUUCUCGAUCGACACGUCCGGCUUCCAAUACGUGAAGCACAUCAGCGCAGAGAAGGAGUUCGUCGACGAGGAGCGCAUUCAAGAUGUCUAUUACAAGGAGGUAGAGGAUAUCUUAAAGAAGGAGACCGGUGCCAAGCGCGUCUUCAUCUUUGACCACACUAUUAGGCGCAAGGCUGUCGAUAACGGUCGCAGCGUUCCAGGCGAGCGGGGCCCAGUGGAGCGUGUGCAUAUUGAUCAGACGUACGACGCAUCGAUCAAACGCGUCCACUACCAUCUCGGUGACGAGGCGGAGCGCCUUCUAAACGGUCGCGUCCGCAUCAUCAACGUCUGGCGGCCCAUUCAGCACCCCGUCGCCCACAAGCCACUCGCCACGCACGACCUCGUGCCCGUGCGCUUCAUCUACCCGCACCGCGAGGGCAGCACUUUCAGCGUGCGCUAUAACCCGAAGCACCAGUGGUACUACCUGUCGAACCAGACGCCGGAAGAGGUGACGUUGAUCAAGUGCUACGACUCGGAGGUUGACAAGGCGCGGUUGACUCCCCACUCCGCGUUCCUCGAUGAGACGAGCCCACCGGAGGCGCCGCACCGCGAGUCGAUCGAGAUCCGCUGCCUCGUUUUCGACAGAGAGUAG